AUGGCACCUCAGCCGAACUCCAAUCCUUUCCAGUUACCUCAAUCCAGUCAGCCGGAACCUUACCAAUCCUACCAGUCCGCUCAACAGCAGAUGCCUCAGCAACAGCAACAACAACUAUACCCACAACCUACCGGCCGCUAUGGCAAGACAGACAUUAUGGCACUCUACAACCAACCCCAAUUGGCACCAUCAAGACCCCUUGAAUCACUCCCUGAGAACGGCAUGGCACCUGCAGUCAUGCCCCAGCAACAACAGCAACAGAUCCAAGUACCAUAUCAAAUGCAGCAGCCUCCGCAAAGAAGUGUCACUAUGCCAGUGGGAAGUGGCAGCAUGAAUCCCUUCGGCACCGGUUUCUCCGCACCUCAACAAGAUCAGCAAGCUAGACCUGGCGCCAGACAUGUCAGUCAGGAAAGCAGAGACUUUGUGGGCAUGGGCAAUAGGCCACAUAGUCCUGAUGCAUUUGCGAGUUUGAGUGCGAGGUACGCUCGUUGA